AUGGUUCAAUCAAAGGACCCAUUUUGGCACUAUGUUGAGGAGAUGAAGUGUAUUUAUUGUGGGCAUCAAUUUGCUAGGGGUACUUCCAUUUCAAGGAUCAAAUGGCAUUUAUCAGGAGAGAAACGGCAAGGUGUUGAAAUUUGUGACAAAGUGACCGAAGACGUUCAAGAAGCAGCUUUUCUAGCUAUGCAUGGUGCCAACAAAAGACAUAAAAGCAUAGCAAGUUCAAGCAAUGUUAAUGAUAAUGCCAUUUCAACCGCUCCACAAGAACAAAACAAUAAUGAAGUCGACAAUUUGGCAGGAGAUGCAGGAACGACACAAGCAGCAGAUAGAAUGGAUCACGAGCGUAAUGGCGAUGAGAAUGGGACUGGAGGAGCAGCGCAGCCUGGUGCAGGAGCUAGCUCUUCUGGAGGGCUUACAGGCAACACAAAUGAGACUCCAGGAGAUCCAUUACCUACUAGCUUACAUGUUGAAGUCGACAAUGUGGCACCACAAGGGCAACAUCUGGAGAGAGUAACUGGGCAGCCUGUUGUAAGAGGUAGUUCUCAUGAGAGGCCACUUGUUAAUCACGAUGAGCCUCAAGAAGAUCAACUCUGUCCUCCACUAGUGAACAUGGUUGGAGACCCUGGGCAGCCUGUUGUGAGAGAUAGCUCUCGUGAAGUUCUUCAACGUAAUGGCGAUGAGAAUGGGACUGGAGGAGCAGCGCAGCCUGGUGCAGGAGCUAGCUCUUCUGGAGGGCUUACAGGCAACACAAAUGAGACUCCAGGAGAUCCAUUACCUACUAGCUCUACAAAGCUAGUGGGUCAAGCAUUUGAACAGAAUACAAAUCUGAUAUGGUCUUGGUUAAUGGAUGAUGAAGUCUCGACAAUUGGCAUUUACGGAAUGGGAGGAGUCGGUAAAACGACAAUGAUGAAACAUAUCCAUAAUAAGCUUCUAGAAAGACCAGGCAUUUCUCAUUGCGUGUACUGGGUGACUGUGUCUCAGGAUUUCAGUAUUGGAAGAUUGCAAAAUCAUAUUGCUAAAUGUCUUGGCUUGGAUCUUUCAAACGAACAUGAUGAUCUGUGUAGAGCUGUCAAAUUGUUAAAAGCACUAAGGAAGAAACAAAAAUGGAUUCUCAUUUUAGAUGAUUUGUGGAACACUUUUGAGUUACACGAAGUGGGAAUUCCUGAGCCAGUCGAUCUAAAAUGUUGCAAGCUGAUUAUGACAAGUCGAUCUAAAAGGGUUUGUCAAUGGGUGGAUAGACGACGCGAAAUCGAAGUGAAGCCACUUUUGAAGAGUGAAGCUUGGAAUUUGUUCAGGGAGAAACUUGGACAUGACAUAACACUUUCUCCGGAAGUGGAACGAAUUGCAAUGGAUAUUGCAAGGGAAUGUGCUGGUUUGCCAUUGGGUAUUAUUACAAUGGCAGGAAGCUUGAGGAGAGUGGAUGACCUACAUGAGUGGAGGAAUACAUUGAAGAAAUUAAAAGAAUCAAAAUGUAGGGACAUGAAAGAUAAGGUAUUCCGGUUAUUGAGGUUUAGUUAUGACCAGUUACAUGAUUUAGCACUACAACAGUGUCUCUUAUACUGUGCAUUAUUUCCUGAAGAUCAUGAGAUUGUAAGGAAGGAGUUGAUAGAUUAUUUGAUCGAUGAGGGGGUAAUUGAAAGAAUGGAGAGCAGGCAAGAAGCGGUUGACGAGGGCCACAGAUAUUGAUCAAGCUGUCCUUCAAUGGAGUGUUCUUGUUAAAGGAAAAUUCCAGCGUCAAUCGAUCAUCAUGGUGUCCGAUGGAAUUUUAUGGAGAAUUUGUCCUACUAGAAAUAAAUUGAUAUUUGAUGAUGAGAUGCCGGAUUGAAAUAUAGUUUUUCAUUUGAUUCUUCAUCAUCUAGCUAGCUUUAUAGUAGAAGACUGGGGAUGAUAAUUUUAAGUACUCAAGAACGAAUUUAUGUAGACAAAUUAUAAACACUUCGAU